AUCAGCUCUUGCCACUGAAUUAAGGUAAGACAAUAACCUGAUAAAUUAAAUCAUCACAACUCCUGCAAAUAACCACAAUGAAAUUCACGAUCGCUUAUUGCCUUUUGGUUUUCGUUGUUGCCUCACAAGCCCAGCAGUGGCGGAACAACUACGAUGCUGGAUCGUAUCCACCGGAUGACAUCCGAGCUCCCUCUGCGCCCGCCUACCCCGCCGAAGACUAUCCCGCCCCGUUUCAACCCUACACACCACCGAAACAUUACAAAGCGAAACCGGGAAAUCCCGUCUUGUACCGAGAAAUUCCCGUUCCUCUGCCCAUUCCCGCUUACCCCGCUUCCGUCAUUCUACCCUCUCCGCCCUACCCUUCCAAAACCCAUCCCAUCCCCUACGCUUAAUUGGAACAGUUUGAUUUAUAGUCCUCACAAAGUGUAUCUCUUUGCUGUUGAUCAGUUUGACACGAAAAUUCAUUUACUUCAUUUACUUUCCUUUCAUUUCGAUUUCGGAAGAGGUUAUUUGACAAGUGCAACAUUCGCGAUUGUUUUUAUCGAAUUUUGUUUUUUGCGAAGCAGCUGUCUAAUAAAUCUGAAAGCAAUUUUGUGAAAUGAUUACGUAAUAAAAAACGUUCCUAUACAG